GACGACUAGACCUCUCUUGCCAUUGCAAGCCUUACACGUGACCCUGCGCAUGCUGCGUGUCCCCGAGCAGCUGUCGCACAGAAGCAGUUGCAACCUGCGAGCGGAAACCCACCUCCACCCCGUCGCCGGCCUGCCGCCGCCGCCGCCGCCGCUUGCCCUCCUCCGCCUUACUCGGCCUCCGGCGCCUCCUGACCCCCCGGCCAUGGGUUGCUCUUCGUCUCUGCCAGCUAAUAAUGCUGGAGGGGUAGGUACUAUCAGCAACGAGAAUUCUGGUACUGAUCUGAAGAACUUGCGAGUGAAGUUGGUAUUGCUUGGAGAUUCAGGUGUUGGGAAAAGUUGCAUUGUUCUUCGCUUUGUCCGUGGUCAGUUUGACCCCACUUCAAAGGUGACUGUUGGUGCAUCAUUUUUGUCACAAACAUUGGCGUUGGAGGAUUCCACAACAGUAAAGUUUGAAAUAUGGGAUACUGCUGGUCAGGAGAGGUAUGCUGCAUUGGCACCUCUUUACUACCGGGGAGCUGGUGCCGCAAUUGUUGUGUAUGACAUAACAAGUUCAGAAUCAUUUAACAAGGCACAAUACUGGGUGAAGGAACUUCAGAAACACGGUAGUCCAGAUAUGAUCAUGGCUUUGGUUGGAAAUAAGGCUGAUCUACAUGACAAUCGUAGUGUAUCCUCUCAGGAUGCACAAGAGUAUGCAGAGAGGAACACUAUGUUUUUCAUCGAGACAUCAGCGAAAACGGCUGAUAACAUAAACCAACUAUUCGAGGAAAUUGCGAAGAGGUUGCCCAGGCCAACACCAUCCUGAAUUCCUGAUUGGUAACUGACCCAGGAAACAGGCUGGCAACUGUGUAUUGUACAACAGCAGUAAAAGCUCUGUAUGCACAUUGUUUGGAAAUGCAACAACUGUCAUGUAAAGCAACUACUUUGCUCCUUGCUGCUUCUGUUUCCAGCUUGGUCAAGUGAGCUCAGUGUUUUGCUCAGCACAAGCUGAUAGGCUAUACGCAUGGCCACAUGGUCAUUAGCAGUUGCAUUAUGCUGCAGGAAUUUAACCGUUUCCUGUGAAAAUCUUGUGAAAUUCCUGCGUUCAAAACAGAGCCUUUAUUUCCAGUGCCAAAUUGGUUCUUUUA